UGGGACUUCAAUGGAAUGUGAAACCAAAUCAUUUUCAAGUUAAAGAUAGACACAGUAUACACCAGGAUCUAGAAGCUGGAUUUUAAACUCCUAUCUCUCCCUAGAAUUUCAGAGAGUUCUGUUACGACCUCUGUAGUAAUUAACAAUUUGGUCGGGGCUUGUUUUUGAAGUCAAUGUGCUCAGAAUUCAUGUAUGUUCUGGAUGUCCUGGAAUUAAAAGGAUUUAGGAGCUCAUGAUGUGCAUACUCUAGGGUAAAUGAAGAUUUACCGACCCCUGGAUGAAGUGCUCGGAAAGUCUUUAAAUGCCAUAGUCAACUGCCAUUUCAAAGAAGAGAAACUAGAUGGUUUUGGAAAGUUCAUGCUGUUUCUUCAUUGAAUUUUAGAAUGAUUGAAGAUAGUGGGAAAAGAGGAAAUACCAUGGCAGAAAGAAGACAGCUGUUUGCAGAGAUGAGGGCUCAAGAUCUGGAUCGUAUCCGACUCUCCACCUACAGAACAGCAUGCAAGCUUAGGUUUGUGCAGAAGAAGUGCAACUUGCACCUGGUGGACAUUUGGAACGUCAUAGAAGCGUUGCGGGAAAAUGCUCUGAACAACCUGGACCCUAACAUAGAACUCAGUGUGGCCCGCUUGGAGGCUGUGCUUUCCACCAUUUUCUACCAGCUCAACAAACGGAUGCCAACCACUCACCAAAUCCAGGUGGAACAGUCCAUCAGCCUCCUGCUUAACUUCCUGCUGGCAGCCUUUGAUCCGGAAGGCCAUGGUAAAAUUUCAGUAUUUGCUGUCAAAAUGGCUUUAGCCACGUUGUGUGGAGGGAAGAUCAUGGACAAAUUAAGAUAUAUUUUCUCAAUGAUUUCUGACUCCAGUGGGGUGAUGGUUUAUGGACGAUAUGAUCAGUUCCUGCGGGAAGUUCUCAAACUACCCACGGCGGUCUUUGAAGGUCCUUCAUUUGGUUACACAGAACAGUCAGCUAGAUCCUGUUUCUCUCAACAGAAAAAGGUCACCUUAAACGGUUUCUUGGACACACUCAUGUCCGACCCUCCCCCGCAGUGUCUGGUCUGGCUGCCCCUUCUGCAUCGGCUGGCAAAUGUAGAAAAUGUCUUCCAUCCGGUGGAAUGUUCUUACUGCCACAGCGAGAGUAUGAUGGGAUUCCGCUACCGAUGCCAACAGUGUCACAAUUACCAGCUCUGUCAGGACUGCUUCUGGAGGGGACAUGCCGGUGGUUCCCAUAGCAACCAACACCAAAUGAAAGAGUACACAUCAUGGAAAUCACCUGCUAAGAAGCUAACUAAUGCAUUAAGCAAGUCUCUGAGCUGUGCUUCCAGCCGUGAACCCUUGCACCCCAUGUUCCCUGACCAGCCUGAGAAGCCACUCAACUUGGCACACAUCGUUGAUACUUGGCCACCCAGACCUGUAACCAGCAUGAAUGACACCCUCUUCUCCCACUCUGUCCCCUCCUCAGGAAGUCCUUUCAUUACCAGGAGCAUGCUUGAGAGUUCGAACCGGCUCGAUGAAGAACACAGACUGAUCGCCAGGUACGCGGCAAGACUGGCAGCAGAGUCCGCUUCGUCUCAGCCGACCCAGCAGAGAAGUGCUCCUGACAUCUCCUUCACCAUUGAUGCGAAUAAGCAACAGAGGCAGCUGAUCGCAGAGCUAGAAAACAAGAACAGAGAAAUCUUACAGGAGAUCCAGAGGCUGCGGCUAGAGCAUGAACAAGCUUCUCAGCCCACUCCAGAGAAGGCACAGCAAAACCCCACUCUGCUGGCAGAACUCCGGCUCCUCAGACAGCGCAAGGACGAGCUGGAACAGAGAAUGUCUGCUCUCCAGGAGAGCCGGAGAGAGCUAAUGGUCCAGUUAGAAGGUCUCAUGAAGCUACUAAAGGAAGAAGAACUGAAGCAGGGAGUAAGUUAUGUUCCCUACUGCAGGUCUUAACUAACUAUGGAGGGGCCUGCCAUCCUGCCGUUUUUCCCAUUGCUUUUGCCUCUAAUGUCUGUUCACGCUUCAGUUUGGAAAGAGAACAAAAAUCAUACUAAUUUGCUUCCUUUUCAAUGUAGUGCUUGAAUUGAGACAUAUAAAAUUUAGCUUUUUUUUUUUUUUAAUAACUUACUACUGUGGGCAUCAAAAGAAGAGCCAUUACACCUUUUAGAAGAGGGGGAGAAAAUCAUGAUGUGUUGGAGACUUUUUACAGCUCCAGGGGUCUAAGUUUCCAACCAGUCUCAUGCUUUUCUGGGUUAUUGAUCAGACCCUUCUCUGAACAGAGACACCCACUCUGGCCACUAAAGCUACAUACAGCACUCAAGCUAACCUCUCUGCAUCCUCUCAUUUAGUUCAGUUUCCAUUUUACUGGAAAGGCGUGUGACCUCUUUGUACAAAAGUCAGCCAGCUACAUCUCUUCUCAUUGCAUAAUUACUAAGCCCUGUUCCCCCCUGGUCACCAAAAUGGGUUCAGUCCAGGACAAACACUGUCCUCAGUAUCUGCUCAUUUCCCAUUGUUUAGUUCUUGAGAACGGAAUCCCUACCACUGGUUCGUAAUAAUCUCAAAAGAAUGGGUAACUUUCAGCCCUUCUCUUAUCACCAAGAACCUCUCCGCUCCGGGAGUUCACAAGGCCCUUGCAUACAUCUUCUCUGGAAGCAGGAACACUGUGAUUCUCUAACUGUAGUCGCUCAACUGGAACCCUGUGUCUGACCCUGUGGUCCGGUUCAGAGCCAUGAGAGGGAGUAGCCUACUCGAAACAUAACAAUAACAAAACAGAAGCAAAAGAACAGCAACUUUAAUUUCAGGUGCACGUACCAAACCGUGUAUGACGCUAUAUCCCAUUUGCUGGUAUCACCAGGAAGUUUCACAUCAUUUCCAUGGAUCGAUUAGAACCACAGCCUGUCCAAUUUCAACGUACCUUUUAUUCUUCUGUAUUCUCUUUCCUGUUAUUCAUUGUGUGUGUUUGUGUGUAACAACGAACGUUUGCAAAAUGCUGGACACAGUUUUACCCUUCCUUCCCACGGUCUGUAAAAAAGGAAAGUGUAAAACUAAUCUGUAAUGUCAGACAAUAAAGACAAUGUAUUACACUAUUUUGUAUUUUGUGAAAAAAGUUGCUUUACUAAAGUCAAAUUUUAAUGAGAGACAGUCCCCCUUGGUGAAGGACGCACAUUUAUAGCCUGUCUAAUUGCCCAUAAAGGCGUACACGGGGCAUUGCUAUUGUAGUUCCAGCGCACUUAGAUCAUGGUAGAGAAAAAUGCCUUGCUGUGCUGCUUCUCUGUGCAAACAGCCUCUUUCCUUUCCUGUCUCUUACUUAGCAUGUGCACAGAAAAAAGGGGAAAAAAGCUCAAAUAUAACCUCACACCUAGUGGAGAGAGGGCAAUCAUCCUAUAGUCCAUCAGCCUUGCUGAGCCGUCUCCCUCAGGGGCCCAUUUCCCACCAUUCCCCAGGCCACACAUUCUUGAAAGGCUGUGUGGACCAGGAAGUUCAUAAACCCAUGGCUGCAAACAGCCAAACCAUGGCAGCACCCAUAGAGCAUUACUGCCUCCUUUCCUUCCAGCUCCUCCCACGGAGCCCUCAACAGUGGCUGCAUCUCUGAAAGUCAGCCCUCAGCUGGGUACCGCUGCCUAGGUUCUAAAGGGCCAUCAUCGGGAACGCUCAGAUGUCAGCAAUGCAAUGUCUGAGUGGGGAGAGAAUUUGCUUGUCUUACUCAUUUAUUGAUGUGCUUGUAUAGUCAAGCCUCUUUUCCAAAAGGACCCAAGGCAGCUCCCAACAAAAGACAUCAGCAAUGACUUCAUAAAAUAAAUAUAGAAAGAUCAGAAACUAACGAAGAGAAAAUGCAAAUAUGCUAAUCAUAAGAGACAAGGGUGUUCCUCUGAGCUUUUUGGCAAUGAGGCAAAAAAAAAAAAAAAAAGGAAAACAUAAUUGGUGGUUUUAUCGGAACAGAAA